UGUAGAUUUCUCGUUUAUUAGUGAUUGGCAAUGUUCCGAAAAUAGUAUAUAAUCAUUAUGCUAAUUAAACAGGUUUCGUGCGUGAAAUAGUGUUUUUAAUUCGUCUACAUUAACAGAGUGAGGAUGUUCCCGCUGGUGGUGCUGGUGACAUUGACGGCCCUGAGCCCAGCGAGGGCGCAGAAGCCCAACCUGGACGCCAUCCUGAACCGACGGACCGAUGUCUACAUCGCCGGCUUCUUCCCCUUCGGCAAAGGCGUCGAAAACUCUAACACUGCUCUCCCUGCCUUAGGACGAGGCGUGAUGCCGAGCGUGAAGCUCGCACUAGACCACGUCAACGAGCACGACGCCGUGCUACGCAACUACCGGCUGCACAUGUGGUGGAACGACACUGAGUGCAACGCGGCGGUCGGCGUGAAGUCGUUCUUCGACAUGAUGCACAGCGGGCCGCACAAGCUGAUGUUGUUCGGGGCGGCGUGCACGCACGUCACCGAUCCCAUCGCGAAGGCUUCCAAGCAUUGGCAUCUAACCCAGCUGUCGUACGCGGACACGCAUCCAAUGUUCACGAAGGAAGCGUUUCCCAACUUCUUUCGCAUCGUGCCCUCGGAGAACGCGUUCAACAUGCCUCGCAUAAGACUGCUGCAGCACUUCAACUGGACCAGGGUCGGAACUAUUUAUCAGAACGAACCGAGAUAUGCCCUUGCGCAUAAUCGUCUAGUGGCUGACCUUGACACGGCAGGUUUUGAAGUAGAAGAGACACAAAGCUUCGCCACGGAAGUAAGAACAGCACUCACUAAGCUCAAGGAAAAGGACAUUCGGAUUAUCCUCGGCAAUUUUAAUGAAACUUGGGCAGUCAAAAUAUUCUGCGAGGCUUACAAGUUAGAAAUGUUCGGACGAGCAUAUACUUGGCUACUGCUUGGCACAUAUAGUAACAAGUGGUGGAUGAGACGGGCUCCGUGUUCCAAACGAGAUCUAACCACAGCGUUAGACACAACCAUAUUGACAGAUUUACUUCCAUUAUCUACUACAGGAGAAACUACUGUUUCUGGAAUUACAGCGAAAGAUUAUCAAGUCGAAUACGAUCGAAGAAGAGGCAUCGAAUAUUCUAGGUUUCACGGGUACACAUACGAUGGUAUCUGGGCCAUGGCCCUCGCCAUCCAAACAGUCGCACAACGAGUAAAAUUAAAAUACAAAGAAAAGACCGUUCAGGAUUUUCGGUACAGAGACAAAGAAUGGGAACAGUUGUUUCUCGAUGCUCUUAGCAAUGUAACGUUUGAAGGUGUAACAGGGCCUGUUCGCUUCUACGACAAUGAGCGCAAAGCAUCCAUCCUCUUGAAGCAGUUCCAGGGAGACGAAGUAGGAGAGGUAAAGGUGGGAGAGUACUGCGCCGAGAGAGAUCACCUGGACUUGACUAUUGGGGAACCUUUCAAAUGGGUAGGAAAAAAUCCGCCGAAGGACCGCACUCUUCGCUUGAUCGAACACACACAAGUGAAUAUCACCAUCUACUCCGUGCUUGUUUCCUGCUCCAUUUUAGGAAUUCUUCUUGCCACCGGAUUUCUUGCUAUGAACAUACAUUAUAGGAAUCAGAGGUACAUAAAAAUGUCAUCGCCGCAUCUAAACAACUUGAUCAUUGUGGGAUGCAUGCUCACCUACCUGAGCGUUAUCUUCCUCGGUCUCGACUCCAGUCUCAGCAGCAUCGCUGCGUUUCCGUACAUUUGCACCGCUAGAGCGUGGUUGCUGAUGGCCGGAUUCAGUCUGGCUUUCGGUGCCAUGUUCUCCAAGACCUGGAGGGUUCAUUCCAUCUUUACUGACGUCAAAUUAAAUAAAAAAGUAAUUAAAGACUACCAGCUCUUCAUGGUAGUAGGCGUCCUCCUGUGCGUGGAUCUGGCAAUCAUGACCACGUGGCAGAUAUCAGAUCCAUUCUAUCGAGCAACUAAGCAACUUGAGCCAUACCCCCACCCUUCAAGCGAGGAUAUCGUAAUAGUGCAAGAGAAUGAGUACUGCCAAUCAGAGAGGAUGUCCAUUUUCAUAGGAGUCAUCUAUGCUUAUAAGGGUUUGUUGUUGGUAUUCGGAGCCUUCCUCGCGUGGGAGACACGCCACGUGUCUAUCCCUGCUCUGAACGAUUCAAAACAUAUUGGUUUAUCCGUUUACAAUGUGCUCAUUAUGUGCAUCAUGGGUGCUGCAAUUGCUCUGGUGUUGACUGAUCAUAAAGACGCACUGUUCGUCUUGAUAGCAAUCUUCAUCAUAUUCUGUACUACAGCAACACUGUGCUUGGUGUUUGUACCCAAGUUGCUAGAGUUACGUCGCAAUGGGCAACCAGGCACAGCUCCAACGCGCAUCCGCGCGACGCUGCGUCCUGCAUCGACGCACGAGUGCCGCUCGCCGGGGCCAGAGCUAGAGCGCCGCAUGAAAGAGCUGCGGCAGUACAACAACCGCUACCGGAGGACACUGCAGGCCAAGGAAAAUGAACUACAGAUGUUACUCAGCAAGUUGGGAAGCGACGCAGGCUCUGAAUCCUCAACUCGAGGAGACUCGCGAUCACCGGCCACACAGAGGACCAGGCUUCCUGUGCCGAAGGACAACCUCAGCCAUCCUGAGACGAGUGACAUAACAUCAGUGUGCAGCCUAAGCGCGUCUGCUGGCGCCGAAGCUGAAUACAUUAAUUUGCAGAAUCAACAUAGCGUUGUUGAAAAGCCAAAGCCAAUAGCACCUCCUGAACCCAUAAAAGAGUUAAAGGAACCAGUGAAAGAGCCAACGAAAAAAGAACAAACAAAAAACGUUUCGUUCAAGAAUCACUUAGACUAUACUAGUCCACCGGCGUCUAAAGCUGUCCCAGAGAAAGAUCAACUUGCGAAAUUACCUUACGGAUGGACUGCUGAAGAAUCCACAGAACCACCUAAGCCUGCCACUAAGGCAUCAGAACCAGCGAGAGCCGAAGCCAAAACGAUACCCGCGCUAAAACCCAGUGACACGCCAACAGCGAAAUCCGUGCCAGCAAAAAUUCAAGAGCCUAUGUAUACUAAAGCGGCCCCACCUAAAGUGAACAAGACGCCAGAGUUACCAAAAAAGACUGUAAAACCUCAAGAGAUGAGACAAGACUCGUUAUCAACGAAAACUACACCGUCGCGAGACAGCAAGACAGGCCCACGCGGCCACCGGCGGAUGUCAAGCGUGAGCCAGGCCGCGCUGCUCACUGAUCUGAUGCACGUGUCUGUCGACCAGGAUGACGUGGAGCCGCCGCCUGGCAUGGAGCGGAAGGUUAUAGGGCAAGAGAGGGAUCCUAUUCCGCCAAAACCUAAAGUGGAACCUGAAGACAUUUUAGACAUAGAUGACUAUUCAACAGCGGAAAGACGAAAAUCCUGUCAGAGAAGGGACUCGGAAAGGAGGAAGAAAGAAAACUUCAUAGUUGUACAAAGUGACCUGUGGGACACCAAUACCUUCCAAUACACAUGCCAAAAGUCCCCUCCGACUCACCAUCAUUCACCAAUGCAAAGAAGCGUCUCUGAAAAGAGUCGUCAGCAGACGUCGCCACAUCAUCACAGGGAAGUGGACAGUAGAAGCCUAGAGCGUAGAGCAUCAAACGCAUCCAUUAAUUAUGCUGGUACGGGUACAACCAGAGGAGGUACACCUGAAGGUUACCGGGAAGCAGAAACUCUUAGAAUGACCGACAGACUCUCUAAGCGCCGUGGAUCAGAGUUCCCGCAGCCAGUAAGCACGCCUCCUCAUCAGGGUCAAACUAAGAGGAGACAAUCUUCCGCUCAGGUGCGAUCUUAUCACGAAGAAAAAACAGAAAAGUCUGAGGCCAUACCACGACGACAUGAAGACAUACCAAGAAAACCGUUAAUGGAAACACAACAAGAAUCUAAAGAUUCCGAUUCUUGGAGACCGGACCCCGACACUAUAAGAGUAUCUAAAGGCCAGGAUUCUCCAGCAAAAAGAUUGAAGCAUGAGGCAGAGCCUCUCAAGAGGGCCAAAGGUGUUGGUGACUCUCCCAGACUGACGCAGGCUGCACAAAGCCAGGUUAAAACUCCUAGACCGGAGCAUCAUAAAAGUAGUCCGAAUGUAGCUUCGAGGCAUAAAUCUAGUUCCCCAAAUAAACGCGAAGAUAGAAAAUCUACAAGUUACAUGAGAAGUGAAUCCAAACGUCAGGAAUCGGCGGAGCAGCGCAAAAUGUACACUGCCAGUUCUGAAUCAGAACUCUUCGAAUGCGCCAUCCUGCCUAUAUUCCACAAGCUGCUUACAGAGAGACACAAGAGCCAACCACAUGGAUUAAAUUUAAGCUAUGGUGUCAGUUGCCCUAAUAUUUCGAUUAAAUGUGACAUUGUGGAAUAUUUGUAAUAUAAGUACGUUCGAUCGAUUUAGAGAGAGAAACAAUGUUAAUAAAAAAAAUGUUCAGUGCUAUCUCCCCAAUUAUUUAAAAACUAAUCACAGAACAUUCAUGCAAAUGUAGUCAAAAUUGUGAAGCAUCAAUCAUAAUUGAAAAUACUUAUGCAUAGAAAAGAAAAGUACUGUUUGGAUUAAGUACCUAUUUGUUAUUUAGUGCAUAGGACAUGUGCACACUAGAAAUCUAGUCGAUGUAAUUAGAAAAGAUCGUUAAUAAAAAAUUGUUACAACUUGUCAUCAAGAAUUUAAUUGGCAAGUAGGUAUAUUAAAAUAACUACUGUUUAAUAUAGUAUGUAGUAGGUAUGUAAACUAUAUACUUAGUCCUAAUUAUCAACGACAAGUUCGCUCACGGGUCUCUAUUUUAAUGUAAAAAGUAAGUGAAUUACUGAAUAAGUAAGUAAGUACCUACUGUAAAUUCUAAAGUAUUAAACGUUUGAAUUCUUUUACAUCGAAUACUAAAUAUUUCAAUUAAAAUUUCAAUGCACAAUACAAUGAACGCACAUCUAUGUGAAUUGUUAGUUUGACUUAAAGUUUUUUACUGUUUCUUUAUGUUAUGUUAAAUAUGUGAUAUUCCUGUAAGUAAUUAUCUACCAAUGCGGGCUCCUGAGCCCACGACGCGACGUGUUCAAUUGCUUCUGACCUUUACUACCAUUGUAUACCUCUCUAGUUGAAAUGCAUUUUACGCACGCUUUCAUUAUUUACUUACUUAGUGUUAUAUUUAUAGCGAUGAUAAAAUAUCGCCUUUCUCUUAAUACGAUUCAUAAUUAUUGUGUAUUUUAUCUUUGUGACACAAUUCACCAAAUUGGCUGCAGAUUACUUUCUUGACUUUGUUGCUCUGCCAACCCCCAGCAGAAUUUACAGGCAUGAGUUUAUGUGUAAGUACAUUUAGAUAUUGUAUUUUAAGCCCGCCAGUUAUAAGUAGGUAGGUACUUUAUUUCUAUGUGCACCUGCAUAAAGACUUACUAAAUAAGAUUUUAAUAACAUUUUAAAAUGAAAUAGUACUUACGUUAUUUAUUAUGAAUAAACAGUUUCGUUAAA